CUGGCAGUCCGGGCCAGGCACGCUCCCCUGGAGGCCUGCGCCACAUCCUUCUCCUGUCUUCCCCUGGCCGCCUGGACAGGCCGGUGUCGCCCGUGGAUGAGCCACCGAACCUCCUCCUCCUUCAGAGCGGAGAGAAGCUUCCACUCCUCCUCCUCCUCCUCCUCCUCCUCAUCUUCCUCCUCCUCCUCGGCCUCCCGGGCCCUCCCAGCCCAGGACCCCCCCAUGGAGAAGGCCUUGAGCAUGUUUUCUGAGGAUUUCGGCAGCUUCAUGCGACCCCACUCGGAGCCCCUGGCCUUCCCAGCCCGCCCCGCGGGGGCCGGCAACAUCAAGACCCUGGGAGACGCCUAUGAGUUUGCAGUGGAUGUGAGGGACUUCUCCCCCGAAGACAUCAUCGUCACCACCUCCAACAACCACAUCGAGGUGCGGGCCGAGAAGCUGGCGGCAGAUGGCACAGUCAUGAACACCUUUGCUCACAAGUGCCAGCUGCCAGAGGACGUGGACCCGACCUCGGUGACCUCAGCCCUGCGGGAGGAUGGCAGCCUCACCAUCCGGGCGCGGCGUCACCCGCACACAGAGCACGUCCAGCAGACCUUCCGGACGGAGAUCAAAAUCUGAGGGCCUCCCCCACCCGCCCUCCCAGCCCACCUCCCCUUGCCUGCCAGACAGGUCUCCCUGUCCCUCCACGACGGCCCGCAGGACAUCACAGCCCCCCACAGCCCCAGGCCCCAGGCGGGCUAUCCCCUCCAACCAGGGCCCUCCCCUCUGCCCAGGCAGGCCAGGGACCUCCUUGGCCCACCCAUGGACCCCAGAUUCCAGAUAUGGUCUCCUUUACUUAAUUCAGAAUACAGGGGUUGGGAGGGGCAGGGAGGUCCCAAAGAACCUAUUUUGGGAAAACAGGAUGGGGACAGGCAGGGCUUCUGGGCGAAUCAUCUGCAGGAUAGACAGGCAGACAAACCUUUGAUCUGUGGAGUCUCUGCAAGGCAGGGGCAGGAUCUAGGGAUGGGCAGAACAGGGAAGGCCAGACAGAGGUGGUCACCUGGAUGGAACUGCAGGAGGGCUCACGGAGGCCAGGAGUCGGCCAUCCCAGAGACCUCCCUCUGCCGCCCUCCAAGCCCCAAACCAGAUGGCAGGCUGCCCCCUGCCCUGUGCCCCAGCCAGCCAGCUGUGCCAGGGCUGGGCACUCUGUGUCUGUGCACAGAUGGGUUUUUCCAAUACAGCUGGUUGGUGGUAAACAGUGUGAAACUCCUGCUGCCCCUACCUGCUGCUGCCUCCAGGUGAGGCUGGGCCCAAAUGAGGCUGUUCCUACAGCAGACAGGACCCCAGGGUGGGAGUGAGAGCGGGGAUGGCGAGUCGGACCCAGCCUCUUGCAGCCCUCCCUCUCCUUAAUCUAGGAAUCCAGAGGUUGGUGUGUGUAGCGCACACAUGCACACAGGCACACACGCACACGUCUCAUCACUGUCCUUCAAAUACUCGGCAUUAACCUUGGUGGGGGCUGGAUUCAGAGCGUAUAAAAUCAGCUCGAGCCUGGGAACUGCGGCAGAAACUGGUAAUCCCAGCAACUCAGGAGGCUGAGGCCGAAAAAUCGAAAGUUCGUGGCCAGCCUGGGCAAUUUAGCAAGACUCUGUCUCAAAAUGAAAAUAAAAAGGGCCGGAAUGUGGUUCAGUGGUGGAGCUCUCCUGGGGUCAAUCCCCAGUACCAAAAAGAAAAAAAAAUCACACUUAGUGUUAGUGUUUCCAUUUUCGUCAGUGGGAAAGCCGUGUCUCUGAACUGUUGGAUGUCGGGCUUUGUCGCUGAAGGUUGGACCUGAACCCAGGACAUCUCAGCUGCUGGCUGCCCCCACCACGGUCUCCUUCCAUCCAGUUGGGGAAGGAAUCACAGGAAGAUCUUCGUUCCAGGUCCUUCCUGGUCCCUGAGCCAGGGUAGGGACCCCAUCAACUUUGACCCUGGUGAACUUCAGCCACUCCCAAGACCCUGACUCAGUCUCCCACAUACAGAAAGGUGAGGGGGGUGAUGGCUCAGUCUUUGGGGGCCCCAGGACAGGUGGAGCCCCCCAGCCUCGGCCCUCACGCUGUAGAGAGCCAUUCUGGGAUCCUGGGGGGAAUCGGGGGUGGGGGCCAUGGGAGGGUCCGGGCUUUGUAAUCUGCACACACAAUAAACACAGUGUUGCAGUGCUGCCGGGCCACAGCCUGAGAUUCUCAAACCUGGGGUUGGGCAGGAAGCAGCCAGGCAAGGGAGCCCAGGAUAAACAGACAAUUUAAAGUUUAAGCUCUCAGGGAAAUGUGGGUGCCCCCAGCCUCCCUUGGCUCCCCAAACCCACCUGCAGAAACCCCAGGAUUAUUUCAAUGAAAGUCCUGUAUUCCCUGUCCCCCAGCUGCCUACGGCCCCCCCUUUAGAUUCAUUCAUUAUUGCAAGAGACAUUUAUUGUUUGUGACUAUGUACCAAGAACUACGCCCCAAACUGUCACAGGUACAAGGGACACAAGACUGGGCAGGCUGCACAAGGUCCCCUGACUUUUGAAGCCCUUCUACCAGAUGGAAGCUCUGAGGUCCAGAGUGACUGAGUAACUAGCCCAAGGUCACACAGCUCCAGAGCUCAGCCGGCUGGAACCUGGGGACAGGGUGGGGUGCUGACUAGUUCAGGAAGCCUGGGGGGGGGCUCUCUGGAGGAACCCCCACCCUGCACACCCCCAGGCACUACUGAAAUCGGAGUACCAGGCUGCGGUCAGAGGACUGGAGGGGAGAAGGGGUGCGGUAUUUCCAGCCUCCGUGACUCACUGAUUCCACUGGGCUAUUUGCAGACCCAACAUUCGUCCGCGCGGGGCUGGGGGAUGGGGACAGACCCAACUGGCUUUGCGUCUUCGCCCCCUCCCCCCCCAAGGUCAAGUUCGCCUGGGCGCCGCGACACCAGCCUAGCGGCUCUCUCUCGGGCUGGAAAAGGGGGCGACUUCCCGGUGGGAUCACAGUCUGGGGACACGAGGGCGAUCGGCCGCUUCCGACAGGGCUGGUCCGGUCUCAGGGAGCUCUUGGCCGGCGCUCCAGCCAAGGUGACCCUGCGGCAGGCUAGGGCGGGGACGUGGGGGCGCCGCCCAUCUUUCCUCGGCUCCUCCCCCUGGGCGCCCGCAGGGCCGCUUUGUCUGCGGCGCCCCCACCCUUCCCGGGCUAAACAUAGGCCGGCUGCCCCCGCCCCAGGAGUAAUUAUAGCUGCCCAUUCAUUGAGUGCCUAGUGUGUGCCAGGCGCCCUGCUCACCCCCACAGCAGUCCCGCAAGGUGGGUACUAAUUAUAAUCCUACGUGAAGGGUAUGGAGGUUCAGAGAGGUCAAGCAUCUGGCCCAAGGUCAUCCAGCUGGGUCAGCCCAGCUCAAUUCACCCAUUGGGCCACUUCCACCCAAACAGGAAGCCGUGGACGCCACCACCCACCCGCAGCUCCUUCAGGGAAAGGGGACUGGCUUGUCGUGGAACUUUGGGGAAAGUGGAAAAGAUGUAACCCUCUGUCCUGGAGACCUGUGGGACAGUCUAGGCCAGGUGGUGCCACAGACUCUAAGAGUGAUAGAGGACCAGGAGUGGUGGGAACGUGAGGUUAGGGAAUGAUUCUAUAAACUGAGGCCACUGUGCUGACCACCCCCACCCCACACACUUUCACUUUUAAAAAGCAAUUUACCUGCCACCCUGUCUGGCUUAAGAGCACAAGUAGGUCACAUUCCUCAGCAAACUACCUGUUCUCUGAGGGCGACCUGCAGGCCCCAGAGACAAGAACAACAGGGUAUCCUGCCGCCGGGACCUCUGUGACCCUUUCACAGACCAGAUCCCAGAACUCAGGGAGAUAAAGAUAAUUCCUCCUAAUCAUAGGAUCCGUAAGAACAGAUUCCAAUUAGAACCAAUCAGCAUGGGCCAAAGUGACCCAGAGUUGUCACCCACAGUGGGGACUUGAAAGUCUGAUGUCAUCCUGCUGUCAGUCCAAAGUCAAGAGCUGGACCUGGGAAGGACUCUCUGGAAACUUCCCUGGAGCCCAUGACAGUGAGCGCAGAGAGGCACCUGCCCCUCCUCUCUGAGAGGACCCGCUCUGUCCUCCAAGAGGUCCCCUGUUCUUCUUUCUUAUCCCUCCCAAUAAACUCAUGCCCGUUA